AGCUUUUUCCUCAGGUGUUCUUUUUUGAAGCCUCUUGCCAUGGCUCGUGGUGCAGUGGUGGGUGUGCUUUUUGCAGCAGCUGCCUUCGGAAGCUGCUUCCUUGGUGGGGUGCCCACGCAGCCGCCGCGUGCGCCAACAACCCCAAACCAUGCGGACUCCUUGGCAGCACCACUGCAGACUGAGAACAGCGAGAGCAGCUACUCUUGGGCUGCGCCUCUCUUGAGCUUCGGCGCUGCUUUGGGUGUGAUUUUCGGUCUUGUGGCAGCCCAGCCUGCAAAGGCCAUCACUGCUGAGCAGUUCAGCCAGCUAACUUACAAUCAGGUGAGGGGCUCUGGCUUGGCCAACCGCUGCCCCACUGUGGAAUCCAACGGCUCUGAGGUGCCUGUGAAAGCUGGCUCCAAGCUGAUCAACGUGUGCUUCGAGCCCAAGUCUUUUGCUGUUGAGAUCGACACUGACAACGGCAAAGAGUUUGCCACAACCAAGCUGACCACACGUCAGACCUACACACUGGCUUUCGUCGAGGGCACUUUGGAUCCCAACCCAAUCACCUUCAAGGAGCAGGAUGGCAUGGACUUCGCAGCUACCACGGUGAAGCUUCCAGAUGGUGAGUACGUCCCUUUCCUCUUCACUGUGAAGGAGUUGGUGGCCAAGGGUGAGGGCAGUUCCUUCAAGCCUGGCUUCACAUGGGGUGGUGAGUUCAGCGUGCCUUCCUACCGCACUGGUGGUUUCCUUGACCCCAAAGCUCGAGGAAUGAACUUGGGCUACGAUCAGGUUGUUGGAUUGCCUGCCAUGCAGGCUGAUGGCAAGAGCGGCCAGGAUGAGAUCUUCAAGGAGACCAACAAGGUGUUCGAUGUCGGAAGAGGUGCCAUCGAGAUGGAAGUGAACAAGGUGAACCAGGAACUGGGCGAGAUCGGUGGUGUCUUUGUCUCCAAGCAGCCCUCCGACACUGACAUGGGCGCCAAAGAACCCAAGACC